GCCUCAUAGGCGCCGUCAUGGCGGCGGAGCGGGAGCGGCGCUUCUACCGGGAGCUGCCCAAAGUGGAACUUCAUGCUCAUUUGAAUGGCUGUAUCAGUUCUUCUACUAUGAAGAAACUUAUGGCCCAGAAACCAUACCUUCAGAUCCAGAAUGGAAUGACUGUGAUUGACAAAGGAAAGAAAAGAACCUUAGAUGAGUGCUUUCAGAUGUUUCAGAUAAUCUAUCAGAUUACAACAAGGACUGAAGAUAUUUUACUGAUAACUAAGGAUGUUAUUAAAGAAUUUGCUGAUGAUGGUGUCAAAUAUCUGGAAUUAAGGAGCACUCCUCGAGAAGAAGAGUCCACAGGUAUGACCAAAAGGAUGUAUGUUGAAACUGUACUUGAGGGUAUAAAGCAGUGUAAAGAAGAAGGCUUGGAUAUAGAUGUAAGAUUAUUAAUAGCAAUAAAUAGAAGAGGUGGCCCAGCAGUUGCUAAGCAGACUGUUAAACUUGCUGAAGAAUUCCUUCUUUCCACUGAUGGGGUUGUAGUAGGACUUGACCUCAGUGGUGAUCCAACUGCAGGGCAUGGUCAAGAUUUUUUGGAACCCCUCUCAGAAGCGAAAAAAGCAGGUCUGAAGCUGGCUUUGCAUCUUUCAGAGAUUCCAAAUCAAGAGGAGGAGACCAAAAUUCUCCUGGGCCUGCCUCCUGACAGGAUUGGACAUGGAACAUUUCUCAACUCUGCAACAACUGGCUCAGAAGAAUUAGUGCCACUUGUUAGACAGAAUCAUAUACCUAUUGAACUUUGCAUGACUUCAAACAUCAAAACUCAGACAGUGCCUUCCUGUGACAAACACCAUUUUGGAUACUGGUACAACAUUGGACACCCUGCAGUGCUUUGUGUAAGUUUUUAAACCAGGUUUUUAGAUAGGGCAAAAGUAGAGUAAUAUUGGAGUAUGUCUCUUUUUAUGAAUGAGAGCUGAGUUACUAACAGUUUCUGUCAUUGCAGCCUAUCGUCUGCUUAUAGCAAAUCAUAAUAUUCCAUCAGAGAAAUGCUUGUAGUAGAAAUGGGAAUGCUUAAUAUUAAUCUUCUUUUCAUUGUAAAGCAGGACAUUUUCUCUAUGUAGAUAAAUAUAAUCAGCAAAGUAUGUGGUGACAUUCUUAAAUAUUUAGAUACUGACAGAUUUCACCUAAGCAAGGGUUGAAUCACUAUAUUUUUAAGCUUGUGCUUACAUCAGCAUUUACUGUGUUGAAUAAGGCUUCUCAGAUUCUCUUGAAUUCUUCAGUAUUCAAUUCUUCAGUACUUCAGUCUGAAGAAAUUAUUUGAGCUGACCCUGUCAAAAUGCAGAGAGUCAAACAGUUUCUUCCCUGAAGAUGUAGGAAUACAGAAUUUGAUCUAGUUCCCAAAUCUGAGGCAAAGAGAAAUAAGGAGGUGAUGCAUGCAAACUAUGUAAAUCCAUGUAUAUUUGAUGUGCUUAACAGGCCAUCUUUCCAGCUAUGUUUAUAGGAAAUAAUAUUUUCUGGGUAAUUUAUGUUAUAUGUUAUAAUUUAUGUUUAAGAAGUUUUCUUGUGUGUUUGAGUGAUUUAUUAAUUGUAAGUGAAGAUAGGGCAAAGUAAGGAUGAAAUGAUAUUUAAUAGAUGGAAGAACUAGAGUAAAAUGUGAAACACAUUGAAGUAAAACUAUUUUGUAACGUGUAGUCAAAACCCUUUGACUAAUUUAACUAAUUCAAACUUUAUUUUUCUUCUGAUUUAACUCCAGACUGAUGAUAAAGGCGUAUUUGCAACAGAUCUGUCUCAAGAAUAUGAACUGGUUGCAAAAACCUUUAAUCUGACUCGAUCGCAGAUGUGGGAUCUUUCCUAUGAAUCAAUCAACUAUAUCUUUGCUUCAAAUGUAGUAAAAUCAAAGCUAAGGGAACAGUGGUGUGAACUGAAGCCAACUCUGUUUGUUUAAUCAAACAGCUGCUCUAAACAGCUUAGGUGCAUUAGCUUAAUUAGUUGUUUUAAAAAAAAGUUGGUUUUUGUUUGUUUGCUUUAAGACAAAAAUCCCUGGCUUUAGCCUUUUCCAGACAUUAGGCUUAUAAAUCUGGUCCACAAACCAUGCCAUUGUAAAAAGAAGACAGACAUGCAUCCUUUGGUAGCAAGGGCAGAAGUGAAUGACCUUUCCCAUAGUUGGGAAUAGCCCUAAAUCAGUGAUUAAAUUUCCAAAUAUAUCGUCAUGCAGUGUCUCUCUACUUGACAGGACAUUAAAAAUCAAAUAAAAUACUUGAAUGGAAUACAUUAUCUUACUAGAAACAUUGGAGUCUGAGAAUAAAGGUGCAGUUGUUAGGGUUCACACGCUGUCUGUUGGCAGCGUUAUGCCAAGCCAUGUGGAUGUGGGUUGUGGAUUUGUUUCUUAGUAUUGUUUCCAAACAGAAGUUUUAAGCACUUGAUUGAAUGUGAAGACAACCUCAGGGAGAAGGAAAUACUUAUCUCAGGGGACUUGAAUCUGCUUUUGUUAGCAUACCUGUACGACUGAAUCCUGCUGUGGGUUCUCCAGUGUGUUGGGAGUGCCUAUGGGUACACUCAAUACUGACAGUAUUUAGGAAAAGAUUAGGAUCUUGAAAGCCUUAGCAAAUGGUGACCUACUGGGAGGAAAUGGUCUAAUCCUUGAAGUGCUCUUUAUAAUUUCUAUUUGUUUAUUGUGAAAAGCAAUAAAAAUACUUUGAGUGUGCAUGUUUUCAAAACAA